AUGCCCAGCUGGCAUUACAGUCUCACAGCAUGAAGUGCAAAGCUGCUGCCAUCCAGGCCAGGUGUGAGACAGAGGAGCGCAACACCCGCCUUCUGGAGCAACAGGUGGCUUUGCUUAGGGAGUCAAAGAGGGAGGCAGAUCAGAGCCAGUUGACACUGCAGGCAGACCUUCAUUGCUCAAUGACAGAGCUGCAGGAGAUGCACCAGGAGUUUGAGGCAGCCCGGGCUCUGCAGCUGCAGCAGGUCGGCUUCUGCGAUGCUCUGUUAGCGACGGCCACAACAACAAGAGGGGAGGAGGAGGAUGGCACAGGGAUGGAGCAUGCCCGGCUCCUCGACCGAAUCAGAACGCAGUAUGAGCAGAGAAGACUUCCUGGCCUGGGCGAGAGGCACCUCAGCCUGGGCGUCAGCUCAAAUCCACACCCCAGCUUGGUCAGGCCUAGCCGCUCUGGAGCUGGAGCUGGAGCUGGAGCAGCAGCAGCAUCCAGAACACACAGAGGAGUUCUCAGUGAGGAGGAGGCAGCAUGGGCACAGGUGAACCUCAGCGGCGCUGCUCUGAGGGAGGCCCGGGCUGAGCUUGUCGAGGCCAGGAAGCAGUGGCACUCCCUUCAGGUGGAGAUUGAGACCCUGCAUGGCUUGGAGAAAGGCCUGGAGAGCUCCCUGCAGCAGACACAGCAGCUGUACUCCAGCCAGCUACAAGACCUUUCCCAGGUGAUCGCCAGACUGGAGAGUGAGCUUGAGCAGGUGAGGAGUGGGCUAGCCACGCAGCGCCAGCGCCACAGCCAGCUCUUCAACACCAAGAUGAGGCUGGAACGGGAAAUCUCCACUUACCGACAUCUGCUGGAGCGUGAGGAGGGCAGGUAUAUGGGUCAUAAUUGGCAGCCAAUGGGCCUACGAUCCUGGAGGUCUUCCAUGGCAGAGCCGAAGGAAAAUGGGCUGGAGAAUGGUUUUAGUGACCCCACUGUUACUCCGGACGAGCCCAAGUCUGAGCCUUUGCCUGAAAUCCCAUCACUCCUCCCAGCAGAGAACGGGCUAAAGAAAAGCAUACUCCAUAGACAGCGAAGCCUUGUGAUACUCACAGAACCAGAGCAAACUAAAGACUUGCCAAUCUCAACUGUGAAGACUCAAGAGAUCCUUCAGGGCAAUGUGGUGCAAGAGAGUGCGGAGGGUCACGGGACUAUUGAGACGGAGAACAUUGACAAGGUGAUCAAGCAGUGGGAGGGCUCCUUCUUCAGAGGGAAUCCCAAGCUGCGGAAGAAGUCAGUGUCGCUGCGCUUCGACCUGCACAUGGCCGCAGCAGAUGAAGGCUGUGCCCAGACUAAACAGGACAGCCUCCCUGAUGUUGAGGUGCGUCUCAUCAUGAAGAGAUCUCGCAGCAUCCCAAGUAUCACACAGUAACUCUGUCAGUGGUCGGCCAGAGUCAGCGCUGUCAUACAGCUGUGGUAAUACAGGUGAUGCUGAAGUUAUGGGAACAGCAUCUCUGUCAUUGACAUCUAAGAUAUUGCCAUCCAUUAUUAUCAUGCUUAAUAUGAAUUAGCAUUUAUUGAACCAAAUGAUGUUUGAACAUGAGAUUUCUCACAUCAAAUAUUGAUGUAGGCAGGAUAAGCAUCACCCAUCAGGCUUUUGUGCUGAUCUAAAGGGGCCAUUUUUAUAGUGACAGAAAACAUUUCAAAUGAAUCAGAUGUACAUUCAUUACAUUACAGAGGAUAAUAACAGAGGGUAAUAAUUUCAUAUGAUAGCUAAAUAUAUUUCUCUGUCAUCAUUCUAGAUGAAAAAAAUGUUGCUUAACACUGUCAUUAUUUCAGUAUAAGGUCACUGGACAAAAGAGAUGAUAUCAGUAAAAUGACUGCUUAACUAGAGCAUUUACUUCUACAGUAAUUAACACUUGGUACAGGAGGCUGAGUGCACUGGUAGAUGGAGAUAAACGGAGGUUUGGAGUGCUACAACCUGAGAAUGGAUUUUCUUUAACAGACUCUUUGUAAGGGACUGUACAGAAAUUAUUAUGGUUGGAGUGGAGGGAGAAUUUUUUUUGUGUGUGAUUAAACAUUGUCUCUCUAGAGGGCACUUCAUUUCUCACCAUUCAGUAGCAGCUCCCACAUUCACUUUAUUCUGCAUCUUAAAUGAAAGUAGCUGUACAGUAAAGUAAAGUACAUAAUAAUAAUAAUAAUAAUAAUAAUAAUAAUGUAAAUGCGCCAUAUAAAGUGACAACGAGAACUCUUGGUUUAAAAAUAAAAAAUAAUUGUAAUUGUAUAUAAACAUGACAGUUUUUAAUGUGUGAUUUGGUGGCUAGGUAAAAAUUGUUAUUCCAAUGGCAAAUUAAAGUUUAAAGUAGAACACAUAAUCUUAAGGCCUUUGUGCACUUCUAGAUAUAAUGGCAAAAUUAAUUAUAUCAACUGAAUUGUGUAUUACUGGAGACCCUGAGCAAAGGUUGUUUUAGUUUUUUUGAGUCGAGGUAAGGGUCUAAUGAAAAUAUUAAUAACAACUGUAGAUGGCUGUAUUGUUGAUCCCCCUCCCCACCACAGUAAUUUGUGUACAGUCCCUAAAGGCUUGUACCACAGACAUAGAGAGCCCUUAGUCAAACAUCAGCACCGAAAGUUGUCCAGAAUGCUUUGAGUGUCUUUUAUUUUUGCAGUUCAUUCCCUGUGUGGGGAAGAAAAACCUUGCUACUCAACUAAAAAAAAUGCUCACUGUGAUCUUAAUAGCAGUGAGAACCUUAACACUUGCGUCUCAGAGAAUUUAGAUUCCUCUUCUUAACCUGAAGAGGGCGGUAUUUGUAAAUAGUUAACACUGCAGUGUAUCUUCAACGCUCUAUUCGGGUUGUGUAACACAUACAGUACUGUUAUCUGUUACACCUUAGACAAAGUGUUUUUAUGCUAAGCUUUGAGUUGGCACCAAAGAUAUUAAAAAUACUCUAAGAAAGAAAUGGACUGUUGUGUAUUGCAUUUGGGUGCCUCACAAUAUUCAGAGAUAUUACCUAUGCAGCCUUGUGUUUGAUCCUGCUUUGCCUCAUGAAGCACACUGUUAAUUGUGGGAGCUCAGUAACUUCACAAUGAAGCAUUAAGCCUUUUAUCUAAUAUA